UUUAGAAUGAUUACUGGAGCACAGCGGAGAGGCAGAUUAUACGGUCUACACAACUGUUGUUUUAAUCCCCUGGGCGAGGAGAUUUAGCAAGAAAAAACACUGGCUUUAAACCCAGCAGCCAUAUUGUAUGGAAAAACGACGGAAACACUCCCGUUUUCAGAAAAAGUCGUUUUCUCAGACUCUUCUGUCAAGACUUUCUUGGAGUUUAAUUUUCUUUCUGACUGGCGGUGGGUUUGUGUUGCACAGCUAGCCUGCCAGCUGGCUGAGGAAUUGGGAGGUUGGCGGUAGUUUUUCAGCCUUUCCACACAAUAUUGUGGUUGUUUAUUUGGCUGAACAGUGUUGAAUUAAACGCCUAAAAAAAUGAAGGACCGAUUGGAGCAGCUUAAAGCGACGUGCGAUCAAGAUGACGAAGAGGUGGAGAUCGCUGUGGACAAUGCAGCCUUCAUGGAUGAGUUCUUCUGUCAGAUCGAGGACAUCAGGAACAGUAUUGACAAAAUAGACGAGAAUGUGGCUGAAGUCAAAAAGCUUUACUCCGUCAUCUUGUCUGCUCCCACAUCAGAUCAGAAAACACAAGAUGACUUGGAGGCAAUCACCAAUGACAUUAAGAAGAUGGCCAACAACGCGAGAAACAAACUCAAGACCAUCGAGAGGAAUCUGGAGUCAGAGGAGCAGGAGAGGGUGUCAGCUGACAUGCGGAUACGUAAAUCGCAGCAUGCAGUGCUGUCCAGGAAGUUUGUGGAGGUGAUGACGAAGUAUAAUGAAGCUCAGGUAGACUUCAGGGAGAGAAGUAAAGGACGUAUUCAGAGACAGCUAGAGAUCACUGGAAAAGCAACAACAGAUGAAGAGCUGGAGGAGAUGUUGGAGAGCGGUAACGCUGCCGUGUUUACUGCAGGGAUUGUUGACUCCAGCAUCUCAAAACAAGCCCUGAGUGAGAUCGAGGCCAGGCACAAAGACAUCGUCCGUCUGGAAAGCAGCAUCAAGGAGCUGCACGACAUGUUCGUAGACAUCGCCAUGCUGGUGGAGAGCCAGGGUGGGAUGAUCGAGAGGAUCGAGAGCAACAUGGACCAGUCGGUGGGCUUCGUGGAGAGGGCCGUGGCGGACACUAAGAAAGCCGCAAAGUUUCAGCAAGAGGCUCGCCGUAAAAUGGUGAUAAUAGGUGUGGCUGUGGCGGUCUUGCUGGCCAUAUUAGCUCUCAUAAUCGGGUUGUCAGUGGGACUGAAGUAAGUGGAGAGCUAUGGACGGUGAUGAUAAUCGGCGGAAUCUGUGGUUGUUCUCAUCCUCCUCAUCGUCUCCUCCUCACCCGGACACUAUAACCAGGACCGUGUCUCUACCGUCACCUGAUCAUCUGUGUUUCCACCGUCCUCUCAUUCACUUCUCCAUCCAUCUGCUCGCUAAAGAAGAACAUGAUACUUGCCAUCGCUCCAUGUGGAUAUCAUAACGUUCAAACUGCAGAUCAUGUGCCACAUUUGACUUGAUGGAGCUCACUUUGACUUCCCCACUUCUGGACUUUUCACUGCCCUUCUGCAAAUGAGGAAAGGGGACUGAAGCUGACAUGAGGUACAAUAUCUAUUGUAUCUGCGUGGAAGCGAAAAAGGGAAUUGAAAUAAUCGCUCCAGGGUCACUUAACAUUUCACUUCUCAUUUUCCGGUGACAAAGGAUUCGCGUGGAAGCAUUUGUCACCUGAAAUUUUAACGUCCGAUGAGCCCAACAGAGGCACCGCGAUCAUCUCCCCGAUCAUCUCCCCGAUCAUUCCCCCCUUUGCCUUUACGAGCCUUGACACAUUUUAUAAUUGACAAGCUUGUGACUGAAUGUUCACUGUUCUGGGAUUUUGUUAGUUUUUUUUUUUUUUUUUGGUUGUUGCAGCACUUUCACGUUUGAAAAUAUGUGUUUAAGCUAAAAAAUUUGUGUAAUUAAAAUAGUAAUAGAAUUACUAUUUGUGCGUUGGCGGUAUGGCGUCCUGACUGUGACCUAGUUCUUUAACUUGAAGAGGAGUGAUCUUCAGUCUGGAGAUCACAGUGGUUAACCAAUUAAAAAUGUGAAGAGUGGUACUUGUGUGUACACAUUUGAAGAAAAACACCAAAGAGAAAAAAAAAUGAAGACGGGGCACAUUUCGUUCUUGUUGUUGAAAACACUCGUUAGAGACUGAAGCCUCUCGGAGAAAUACCUGAAGCCUUUUUCACAUAUAACCACGAUCGUCUUCCGUGUUAAAAUGCUGUAAGACUCGUUUUUAUUACUAAAUGAUUUGUGUAGAGAUCGGUAGCAACACUAGUGCCUUGUUUCCCGUUAGGUCCACGGUAGUUUUUGUGUUUGUCCUGCUGCUUCAAGUUGCACAUAAACGGAUUCUCUAACAUACAGUGAAGUCUCCCUGGCUGGUGCCUCUUUACUGGUGUGAGAUGCAUUAACUAGUGUUUAUACAGCUCUGUUGCCAUUAUUAGGUACACCUCUGUAAUCAUGUGUUCAUGAAGGUUAUUUUGUUAAGGUUUCUGUUCACUCCACUCAAGUACAACAGCACCACAAGAUACACCAGCCUGAAACAUUUCACGUGUCUAGAACUAUUUCAGUAACUAAACAUCCUUAUUGUAACUAUAAUUAUUAUUGGGUAUAUAAAUACAUGUCUUUCACGGUUUUGUCCAUAUCAAUCCUGAAAAUAUAUAUAUAUUUUUUUGACAGUCUUUUACACUUGAAUAGUUUUAGGAACGUGUGCCUAAUGAACUGACAGCUAAGCUCAGAUGUGGCUGGCCACUGUCAUCCUGUUAAGUUUUUUUUUUUUUUUUUUUUUUUUUUUUGUUUUACUAUUACUGGUCGAAGGAAUACGACUGACAGUUGUCGGCCCUUGUUUUAACAGGGCCAUUAAAGCAGGUGACCAGCUGUACAAAAGGGGACUAGAUCAGAGAUACUGUUUCAACCAAUCAUCAAGAGCAAUUCUAAUCAACUAAGGGCUUUGUAGGUGCAACAUCUUUGUGUGUCAGACCAGAACCUUUAAUUCUGACGUCGCAGUGCGUGGACUUGAACGUGACAAGUCCUCAGUCUGCUACUUUAGCUGAGCUUGAGCCGUCCGCACAGGCCGCAGUAAGAAAUGAAACCUGUUGUACGUUGUUUUAACUCAGUUAAGUGCCAAUGAAUUCAAUAGAAAUUAAAGAUUUUAUGUUUUUUAA